AUGUCUAAUGGAUAUGUCCUCUACAACUAUACGCCCUCAGUGGGAGCUGCAAUUGCAGCAAUCGUUCUCUUCAGCCUCGCAACAAUAGUUCACAUCUUCCUCGCGUUCAAACAUCGACUGAGAUUCCUCAUUGCCUUCAUUAUUGGUGGAAUACUCGAGACAGUCGGAUAUGUGGCACGAGCAAUCAGUGCUAAGCAAGCGCCAGAUUAUUCCACGAUGCCAUAUGCUCUCCAGAGUCUUUUCAUUUUGAUUUCGCCAUCACUCUUCGCCGCCUCUAUCUAUAUGAUCUUAGGCCGGAUCGUCACCUUGACAGAGGGCGACUCUAGAUCUCUGAUCAAAGCGAAGAGAAUGACCAAGAUUUUCGUGUGUGGAGAUGUACUAGCUUUCCUUAUUCAGGCUGGUGGUGGAGCAAUGCUAUCCGGAGCAAAGUCAUCCAAGAAUCUCAAGCUUGGAGAGGAUGUCAUCAUCGUCGGUCUGGUUGUCCAAAUUCUCUUCUUCGGAUUCUUCGUCAUCGUUUCCGUCAUCUUUCACACUAGGAUGUCAGGAUAUCCCACUACGGCAGCAUUAAGCACAAAGGUCAACUGGAGGGUGUAUCUCAUGGUGCUUUAUACUGCCAGUUUCUUGAUUAUGGUGCGGUGCAUCUAUCGUGUGGCGGAGUAUAUUCAAGGACAGAAGGGAACUCUGCAGAGCCAUGAGUACUUUGCCUAUAUCUUUGACACUGCUCUGGUGUUUUUGGUCAUGGUCAUCUUCGCUAUCUUCCACCCUAGCCAGGUUGUGCAACGCACCAAGGCUGAUAUUGACCAAGAUGUGGAGUACACAGAGUUGAGAGGAUAA